AUGUGUUGCAGCGGGAUGGUUCUCCAUGAACGACCCAAAGACGAUGCCGCUUUGCCCAGCGAUGCAUGCAUGAAUGCUAUGCCUUUCGGGCUGAGUCUUCCAGAUCAGCCGCAGCUGUUGGGUGCAAGCGUCUCAGGUGCUUUUGGGGGCAGGUUUGCAAGCCGCGCAGCCAUGGUCAUCAAGACCGACCUGUGCAACUACACUGAGUACAGGAUCUACCCGGGCCACGGCCAGAAGUUCAUUGCCAAGGACGCGAAGGUGAGCUUCUUCAUCACCGCGAAGGCGGACUCGCUCUAUCACCAGCGCAUCAAGCCAGUGAAGCUGCGAUGGACGCAGGCCUGGAGGCGAAUGAACAAGAAGGGCAAGGUCGAGGAGGGCGCCAAGAAGAGGACCCGCAAGGCGCAGAAGUUUCAGAAGGCCAUCGUGGGCAUGUCUCUGGAUGACAUCAAGAAGAAGAAGGCCAUGAGGCCGGAGCUGCGGAACCAGCGGGAGCAGGCCGCCAAG